AUAAUAUUAUUUAAAGUUGGUCAACGUCAACAGCUUACGCGGCGGUCGGUCGUGCUCAUACUAAUUAGGGUGUCGGAAAAAUUAUUUGUUAAUUGUUUGCUUGGGCACAUUGUUGAGUGUAUAGGAGUGGGCAUAAAAGUAGCCGGCGUUUUGUUUGCGGAGUGUACUUGUAUUUAUUUUGGCCUAGCCUUUUACGCCCCCUCAAUGUCGUCAACCGAGGUAAAACUGUCGCGUCUGUUGGGAUUAGCACAAAAAUUUAACAAUUUCUACUUAACGGGUUUUCAUAAAAACGACAUACGUCCAUUUCUGGUCGAGGGUCGACAAGUAGGUCUCAUUAAAUCGGAUGUUUUCAAGCAGCUGCUCAAGUAUCCUCAAGUCUUUUGCAUACGUGACUGUGAUUAUACCAAGCAGGGUCUUGUGGAGUUAAACCCAGCAUUCCGGGAUUAUCAUGAGCGUACCGAGCAAUUGGAGAAAGUAUUACUCGAUUUGCGCCGCGAUGGCUUGUUCUCGGCCUUGCAAGGCUGGCGGGACGAGUGCUUUGAGGUGAAGUCCGAGCACAAGGCGCUACUGAAAAUGGAGCGAGCUGCAACGCCGCUGUUUGGUGUGCGCAAAUAUGGUGUAGAUAUUAAUGGCUACGUAAGGCAUCCACAGCAUGGCUUGUGCAUUUGGUUGCAGCAACGCUCGAAUAACAAAGAGACCUGGCCUGGAAAAUGGGACAACAUGGUGGGCGGAGGUCUGUCGGUGGGAUAUGGCAUCAAGGAGACGGCCAUUAAGGAAGCCGCCGAGGAGGCAUCCAUUCCAAGUGAUCUCGUCAAGAAUCUGGUUUCAGCCGGUUGUGUUUCGUUCUUCUUUGAGAGCGACCAGGGGUUGUUCCCCAAUACGGAAUAUGUGUUCGAUCUGGAGCUGCCGGUGGACUUUAUACCGCACAAUGCCGAUGGUGAGGUGCAAGCCUUUGAGUUACUGCCAGCUAACAAGUGCAUGGAGCGCGUAUUCACAGCAGAUUUUAAGACAACAUCAGCACCUGUUGUUAUUGAUUUCUUAAUAAGGCAUGGCUAUAUUACGGCUGAAAAUGAACUCAACUUUACACAAAUUGUGGAGUUACUUCAUGUGCCGCUGCAGUCACUAUACACGUACAAAACACGCCUUGAGCAGAAAAUUCAGCAACAGCAACAGCAGCACCAAGCCCAGCCGCCCCAGGUAGCGUUGCCCAAAGAUGAUAGCAACUGCAAUUGUUCAGACAUGCCAAUCAGAUCGCUAGAAAACGGGCACAGCAAGAAGGAGAAUGCCUAGAUGCGAGUAGCAUAGGUAGUAAAUGGACAACGAAUUGUAUUGUGUUUAGCAUGACCAACGCAUUAAGAAGUUUUGGACUAGUUUGAGAGACUGCUUUUGUAGUGGGAUUUGUAAAAUCCAUAAACAACAGCCAAUAAUAUUUACAUAACUUACAUAUAUAAGGAUCUGUUAGAAAAGCGUAACAACAAUAUAGAUACCAAUCAUGCAAGCAACCAACCAAACCACAAAAAUAUAUGAAAGUAUAAUCUACUUAACUAAAUUAUUAAUUAAUAUAAUGGCAACACCUUAUGUUAAUUAUUGUACGUUACAUAUAUAUACAUAUUAUACGUACUAUAUAACCUAUUAUGUAUUUGAUAAAAAUGCCCGCGUAUAGCUUACUUAAUAGUUUAGUUUUUGUGCUUUAAUAUUCCAAUCUUGAAAUUGCAAACGAAAUGACGCCACAUUCUUAGAACUUUUGUGAAGAAAAUUAUAUCUAGUAUAUACACAAACAUAAUGUAUGCCUAUAUAACACAUUUAUAUACGAUAGUUAAAAUAUAAAUUAUUUGUAACGAGA